AUGUCAGAAGUUCUUGCUCAAGAGUAUACUCCAGGAUUCGCACCGUUCUUUGGGUUUGCAGGCUGUGCUGUAGCCAUGGUGUUAUCAUGUGCGGGUGCCGCCAUUGGAACCGCCAAGUCUGGAAUUGGUAUUUCAGGUAUUGGUACCUUCAAACCUGAAUUGAUCAUGAGAUCCUUAAUUCCCGUCGUCAUGUCGGGAAUCUUGGCAGUGUAUGGGUUGGUGGUGGCGGUCUUGAUUGCCGGAGGCUUGGACCCCAGCCAAGACUAUACACUUUUCAAAGGAUUCAUGCAUUUGGCCUGUGGGUUAUCAGUUGGGUUUGCUUGCUUAGCAUCCGGAUAUUCGAUUGGAAUAGUUGGUGAUGAAGGGGUGAGACAGUUCAUGCAUCAGCCUCGUUUGUUUGUGGGGAUCGUAUUGAUCUUAAUUUUUGCUGAAGUUUUGGGGUUGUACGGCUUGAUUAUUGCAUUAAUAUUGAAUACCAAAGGCAGUGAGUAA